AGGCGGAGCUUGGUUUGGUUAUGAAGCAGAGAGGAGGAAAGGGGAGCUGAAAUCGUGGGAGAUCUCAGAGCAAGGUGGCUUUUGGCUUCUUGCUUUAUUGAGUUUGGAAUUUUAUGGUCUUGCUGAACGUUUGCGAAGGAUGGUGGGAGAUGCUUUGUACGAGGAGCUAUGGAGGGCUUGCGCGGGGCCUUUGGUCGAGAUACCUCGCGUUGGAGAGAGGGUUUAUUAUUUUUCUCAAGGUCACAUGGAGCAGUUAGAAGCAUCGACUAAUCAGGAGCUGGAUGAGCGGAUUCCACUCUUCAAUCUUCCCUCCGGAAGAUCUAAAAUUCUUUGUCGCGUUAUAAACGUAGAGCUCAGGGCUGAGCAUGAAACAGACGAAGUUUAUGCACAGAUCACUUUGCUUCCGGAGGCAGAUCAAAGCGAGCUGAGUACAGCCGAUCCUUGUCUCCCAGAGCUACAGAGGCCGGUGGUUAAUUCGUUUUCCAAGAUUUUAACGGCCUCAGAUACAAGUACGCAUGGGGGGUUUUCAGUUCUCCGCCGCCAUGCCAACGAGUGCCUUCCCACACUGGAUAUGUCGCAGCCAACUCCAACCCAGGAGCUGUGUGCCAAAGACCUUCAUGGCUAUGAAUGGCGAUUCAAGCACAUUUUUAGAGGUAAUAUAUAGAAGAUUUUGAUAUGGGGAUAUGAUUGGUGUAGAUUGGCGCGGAUUUGGUGGUGUUGGGGUGAAUACCACUCAUGCGCACAUGUGAAUUCCA